ACACCACUCCAUCGCUCUCUCUAUAUAUGCUUCAAGGCAAACUCCAUCUUUGGUACACCCACCAAAGCCUCUUUCCCAUUACCAUCUUGCUUUGAAUUUGCAGGGUCAAACCAACAUGGUUUUGGCAAAAGAGGAUGAGAGUUUGGUGUAUGAUGUGAGGCUAUCCUCAGUUGGCCCUGGACGCUCCACCGGCUCGGAUGUUUUCCACAACCCGGGUGGCAUCGACUUGGCCAUGAAACUUCACUACCUCAGAGUCGUUUACUUUUUCGAUAGUGAGGCUGCUCAAGGCCUUACCAUCAUGAAAAUAAAAGAGCAAAUGUUCCCUUGGUUCAACCAUUACUUCAUCACUUGUGGCCGAUUCCGGCGAUCGGAACCUGGCCGGCCCUUCAUCAAGUGCAAUGAUUGUGGAUCCAGGUUCAUUGAGGCUAAGUGCGACAAAACCAUCCUUGAGUGGCUUGCAAUCAAAGAUUGGCCUUCCUACAAGUUGCUCGUUUCUCACCAAGUCAUUGGCCCUGAACUAUCUUUUUCUCCUCCUGUUUUGUUGCAGGUGACACAAUUUAAGUGCGGUGGAAUUUCAUUGGGUCUUAGCUGGGCUCAUGUUUUGGGGGACCCACUUUCAGCGUCAGAAUUCAUCAACUUGUGGGGCCAUGCAAUGAAUAAUUUAAGCCUGAAAAAGCCGUUUAACAUCCCAAGAUCCGUUCCAGAACCCCGACAACCCGGACCCGAUAAGGAUCCAGUUUCAGCAAAACGGAUAGACCCGGUGGGUGAUCAUUGGAUCCCACCCAACAACAAAAAAAUGGAGACAUUUUCCUUCCACAUAACCAGCUCCCAGAUGAACUACUUGCAAGUACAGAUUUGGGGUCCAACUGUUGACCAACAGCCUCCUUUUGAAUCCCUGUGUGCGAUUAUUUGGCGUUGCCUGGCCCGGGUUCGGGUAGGAUCCGAAUCCAAAAGCGUAACCGUUUGUAGAACGGACCCGUAUAAUAGGGGUAAUGAUAUCAUUGGCAAUAACCAAGCGAUAUGCAAGGUUGAGGCUGGAAGUGAAUGUUCUAUUGUUGACACUGAUCUGAGAGUUUUGGCAACCAUGCUCGCGGAUCAAGGUGUGGAUGAGACGAAGCAAAUUGAGGAAGCAGUUGAAAAAGAUCAAGGGGUGACUGAUUUCUUUGUCUAUGGUGCCAAUUUGACAUUUCUGGACUUGGAAGAAACCAAUGUUUAUGACUUGCGGUUGAAAGGACACAAACCAUCAUUUGUUUAUUACACCCUUCAAGGGGUUGGAGAUGAAGGCCUUGUUUUGGUUUUGCCAUGCCCAAAAGGUUCUAUCAAGAAUAACGGUGUUGAUGGCAAGUUUGUGACCAUGAUUUUACCUGAAGAUGACAUGGUGAAGCUUAAAUCUGAGCUCAAGAUGGAUGGUAUUUUGCUUCAUGGUAAUCAGUAAUGAGAUUAGAUUAUUAAGUAUGUGUCAAAAGAAUAAGUUUCCUUUUAUUUGGUAUGUUUGCGAGCAGGGAAAGAGUGUAGUUUGUAGUCCCCUUUUUAAGGCCAUGGAUUUGGGGAGCCCUUUAAGCAUUCGUGUGGCAUGAUCUACUCGUUCUCUAUGAGUUGUUAUUAAAUAAAUUAUUUUAUUG